AUGGAGCAACAGCAGUUGGUGGACACAUGCCACCACUCAUCACUGAGUAACUCGAUUCCUAACAGCAGUGUGCUGAGGAAGGUGGCCAGCCUCACAGUAGAUAAGAGUAUGCUUGAGCAGAGGGUCAGGCGGCCACGCUUUGUGCCAGAAAACCUUGAUUUCCAGAUCUACCAAAAGUUCAAAGGCCUAAUACUGGUAAACUGGUUCCUCUCAGCAUUUCCAGAUGGCCACUACCUGAAGCUGUAUCUGUCAGACCAGGACCUAACAAUUCUUGCAGUGCAAUUCUGCACUCAUCUUCUGGCAGCUGGUGUAAUAUGUCAAAUAUCUGAUAAAGAUGCUGCUGUGGACACUGUCUUCCAGCUGGACCUGAUGUAUCACUGGGCACACACAGAGGCACCAGCAGCAGCACCCCCAACCCCAACCCUUGGGAAACUGAGAAGUUCAGCUUGGCCUUCUCCUAGCCCUGCAGGAAUUCCACAAGAGUCUAUCAACACUGACAUAAUUCUACCUGGAGCUCACUGCACAGAAGCUGAAUACCAGCUAAUGAUUAUUGGCCUGAAACGAGAACACCAUGAAACUCUAAACAGGCUGAUACAAAAUCAGGAAGUAGCUUUAUUCAACCUCAGGGGGAAGCAUGCACAGAAGGUCUUUGAGUUAGAACAGAGGAUAACUGAGCUUGAAGAGCUCAUUGACUCUUUGAGGCAACAAAUGGAAACAAACAAGACAAUAGCUGAUGCAGAGUCACUGAGAGCCAAAACAAGAUCUGAUUCUGACUGUCCAACAGGAGUAGUAUCUUCCAAAGUUUUCUCUGAGAAGAACCAGAAUAAAAUUAAAACUAAAUCUGAUAACAUGGUUGUAAUGAGAGCUUUGUCUGCAAUUGUUGAAGAACAACCAGAGGAACAUGAAAUUGACAUAAAGAAAGUGAUCAUAACAUGUGAAAAAGCAACAGAUACUAAAGACUUGAUACAGGUGAGGGAGCAGUGUAUCUCAGCUAUGCUGCCUCUCGAAGACUAUACUAUGAAAACGUCAAGUGAGCGAAUUCCAUAUGAAAAUACGGAAAUAUCAAGAGCGGUUGGCAUCCAACAUCAAAAUUCAAAUUUAUCCACUGAAGUUGGAGCAACUGAGAGAACAUCUCCCAAAAAGUAUGUACCCGAAGCAAUGCAGAGUCCAGUAUCUGUGAGAAUACAAGCUUCUUAUGAUCAACUUAUAACUGCUUGUUCUGACAGUCAUCCCCAGUGCCCAGCUCGACGACUUUUGCAGUCCUUUCCACCCACUGGAAUGGAAGGUCCGGUACCAUCACUGCCUCCACCGCUGCCCCAUGGGAUUGGAGCACCACCACCACCACCACCACCACCACCACCACCACCACCACCACUUCCUUCUCUCCCUCCUCCUCCUGGAAUUGGAGGACUACCUCCUCCACCACAUGGUAUGGCAGGCCCUUCACCACCUCACCCACCUCCAUCCUGUCCACCCCCUGAAAUUGGAGGCCCUCCACCACCACCACACCCUCCACCUCCUCCACCCCCACUCCCCCUCGGAAUAGGAGGCUCCCCUCCACCAACCCCUACACUGCCUGGGACGGUGGUCCCUCCGCCACCCCCUCCACUCCCUGGGGCGGUGGCCCCUCCGCCACCCCCUCCACUCCCUGGGGCGGUGGCCCCUCCGCCACCCCCUCCACUCCCUGGGGCGGUGGCCCCUCCGCCACCCCCUCCACUCCCUGGGGCGGUGGCCCCUCCGCCACCCCCUCCACUCCCUGGGGCGGUGGCCCCUCCGCCACCCCCUCCACUCCCUGGGGCGGUGGCCCCUCCGCCACCCCCUCCACUCCCUGGGGCGGUGGCCCCUCCGCCACCCCCUCCACUCCCUGGGGCGGUGGCCCCUCAGCCACCCCCUCCACUCCCUGGGGCGGUGGCCCCUCCGCCACCCCCUCCACUCCCUGGGGCGGUGGCCCCUCCGCCACCCCCUCCACUCCCUGGGGCGGUGGCCCCUCCGCCACCCCCUCCACUCCCUGGGGCGGUGGCCCCUCCGCCACCCCCUCCACUCCCUGGGGCGGUGGCCCCUCCGCCACCCCCUCCACUCCCUGGGGCGGUGGCCCCUCCGCCACCCCCUCCACUCCCUGGGGCGGUGGCCCCUCCGCCACCCCCUCCACUCCCUGGGGCGGUGGCCCCUCCGCCACCCCCUCCACUCCCUGGGGCGGGGGCCCCUCCGCCACCCCCUCCACUCCCUGGGGCGGGGGCCCCUCCGCCACCCCCUCCACUCCCUGGGGCGGGGGCCCCUCCGCCACCCCCUCCACUCCCUGGGGCGGGGGCCCCUCCGCCACCCCCUCCACUCCCUGGGGCGGGGGCCCCUCCGCCACCCCCUCCACUCCCUGGGGCGGGGGCCCCUCCGCCACCCCCUCCACCCCCUGGGACGGGAGGGCCACUGCCACCCCCUCCACCCCCUGGGAUGGGAAUCCCUCCUCCUCUUCCUCCUCUAGCAGCAGUUGGUGGUCCCCCACCUCCAGGACCAGGUGGUCCAAUGCCACUGCCAGUGCCACCUGUUGGAGGAUGGUCUGCUGGAAAAGCCAUGUUGAGGAAAAAGCCUGUGAACCCAACAGUACCUAUGAAACCUUUGUACUGGACUCGAAUUGUUGUGCCAGCGACAGAAAGUCAGACGGCUCUGUGGGAAGAUCUGGAAGAAGCUAAAAUAGAAGACAUUGAUGAAUUUGCAAAUCUGUUCUCUCGACAAGUGACUGAACGGAAACCAGUGAAGAAGAAAGAAGAAAAGCCUACAAAGCAACAAGCAGCAAAACUACUCGACAGCAAACGAUCACAGAAUGUUGGCAUUCUUUCAUCUAGCCUCCAUGUAGAAUUUUCAGAAAUAGAAAAUGCAAUAUACAAUUUUGAUACAUCAGUUGUGAACUUGGAAGCUCUACAACAGAUAUAUGAUUCUAGACCAACAGAAGAAGAAGUUUCCUUAAUUCGGAAUCAUAUUGCAAGUAACUCAAAUAUUCCACUUGACAAGCCAGAACAGUUCCUAUAUGAACUUGCAGAAAUACCAAAUUUUGCUGAACGCAUUGCGUGUUUCAUGUUCCAGUCUGAUUUUGAAGAUGGUAUGUCUUCUAUUGAAAGUAAACUGAACAAUUUAAAAUCGACUUGUCAGUUUCUAACAACAUCAGAAAGUCUGAAGACAGUACUCAGCAUUAUAUUGGCUCUCGGUAAUUAUAUGAAUGGUGGCAAUCGUACACGUGGACAAGCAGAUGGAUUUGGAUUAGAAAUUCUGGCCAAGCUACGUGAUGUCAAGAGCAAAGACAAUAGUGUUACUUUGCUUCAUUUUAUUGUAAGAGCAUUCAUGAAAAAAUGUGAUGAUCCAUUAAAUCCUGAAAUGGCUUUACCUGUACCUGAACCAGGAGAUAUUGAAAGGGCUGCAGUUGCUAAUUUUGAAGACCUCACUGUUGACCUACAAAAACUAGAGAGGGACUUGACAGCAUGCCAAAAUAGAACACAAAAAGUUAUUAAGGCCUCUUCAGAAAAUAAUUUACAGCCUUUCAAGGAUAAGAUGGAAUUCUUUGUAACUAGAGCCAAGAAGCAGCUCCUUAGUGAAAAAGAAAAUUUAGAAGAAUGCAAGCAAAAAUUUUAUGGCACUAUGGAUUUUUAUCAAUACCAUCCAAAAGGUAAAAAAGAAGAUGUAACACCUAAAGAUUUCUUUGCUUUGUGGCUACCAUUCUGCCGUGAUUUCAAGGAUAUCUGGAAGAAAGAGCAGCAAAGAUUAAUAAAGGAAAAGUUACAAGAAGUGAAGCAGAAACGUGAGAAAAAACGAGAGAUAGAGAAAUCCAAAAUAACAGAUGGUGGAUUGAAAGCAAGAGUACAGAUGCGAGCAAAGAUGACACCUGUGAGUUGA